CGACAAGGACAAGGAGGGAGGGCAACAGGCUGGCCACGCCUCCACGACCGCCCGGCGACGUGCCUCUCCAGAUCUCGAAGCAGCAGAGAAGCAGCAGGUGAUCAACCACCGGAAACACCGCAAUGAUGGAUGACUUCGUGUCCGAGAGUGAGAGUGACUACACUAGUUAUUGGCGCGAUUGGUUCAUCUCCUCACGAGGCAACGAAUACUUCUGCGAGAUCGACGAAGAGUACCUGACCGACAGGUUCAACCUGACGGGUCUUAACACCGAGGUGCAGUACUACCAAUACGCGCUCGACCUGAUCACCGAUGUAUUCGACGUCGAUUGCGAUGACGAUAUGCGCGAGGCCAUCGAGAAGUCCGCUCGACACCUCUACGGCCUUGUGCACGCGCGCUACAUUGUCACGACUAGGGGUCUAGGCAAGAUGCUCGAGAAAUACAAGAAGGCCGACUUUGGCAAGUGCCCACGUGUUAACUGCAACUCCCACCCUCUCCUGCCCAUGGGCCUCUCCGAUGUACCCAAUCUGAAGCCUGUCAAACUCUGGUGCGCCCGCUGCGAGGAUAUGUACAACCCCAAGUCGAGCCGCCACGCCACCAUCGACGGUGCCUAUUUCGGCACCUCUUUCCACAAUAUCCUCUUCCAGGUGUACCCGUCGCUCGUCCCUACCAAGUCGACUGAACGCUAUAACCCGAAGGUCUACGGAUUCAAGGUUCACGCCCCUGCCACUCUUCAACGCUGGCAGGAGAAGAAGCGUGACGAGAUGCGCCGCCGUCUCAAGCGCAUGGAGAUCAAGCCCGGUUUCAAGGACGAUGGCGAGAUUGACGAGGAAGAAGAUGAAGAUGAAGAGGCGGAUCACGAUGGCGGGUCGUUUCAUGAGGGCACCGUCGCCGUAACUGGUGGCGCGGAAACCCAAAACAUGGGUUGAUUAUCGAUACUUGAAUUCCGCUCGCCAAAGACUCCAAGGCCGCUGUCGCGUUGUUACUUCUCGACAAGACAAGAGAACACCACAUUCUCUCGAAAUUACCCGUCGUGAUCGCUGGCUUUGGAUUCAAAACCCUCGACAUACCUCCUUGAUAUUUUCUGACUUCGGCCAGCACUGCUCUUCGGCAGUGGCGCAUUCGCGUAGUCCUUUUAAUAUGAUUCACCCACCUGAACAUCAUGGAAUGGCAUCACGGCGAACACGAUUGAUUUCUUGACUGCAGAGCAAUCUCGGUGGACGUUCGACUUUGAAUGCUACGGCGUCAGCUUAGCCGCCGAUUAUUCACGGAAACGUUGGGGCUCUUUUCAGGCGUUCGGCUUAUUAAGAAUUGGUCUGUCUGGGAAGGGUGGCAGAUCUGCCUCAUGGUGGGCGUGGCUCUGGGAAUACCUAUGUUGCGCUGAGCUUUCUACAUGACGCGUAUCUGGUCGACUACAUGGCAGGGCAGGGCAGGGCAGGGUAGGGCGGCUUGGGGGAAUCUUUUUUUACGCCUUUGGGAACUGGGUGCUCUGCGGCGUUGAUAGACAAUCCCAAUUGUAUAUGCACCCACCAUCGUGGAUGCUAUUUGCUUCUUGGUGUAUUUGGUCUAGAUGUAUGGGUGACUAUCACAUUUAGAUGUCC